GGCCAAGGACGGGGUGGAGGACCAAACAGCAAUGGUCUACACGCAAUAAUUCAGCCACUAAUACCUACUUUUUUUGGACGCCUAAUUUUUCACUACAAUCAGCCAUGAAGUUCCUUGUUGCCACUGUUUUUGGAAUCGGUCUAGCUACCAACUCCUUAGGGCUGCCACAGAGCAGCGCUAAUCAAGAUCCACACCAUCACCUCUCCAAGCGCAUCGUCGGUGGUGGUGUAGCACCGGCUGGCAAGUACAAGUUUGCCUCCAUUGUAAAGAGAUUUAUCAGCACUGGGACUGGUAUGUGUGGCAGCACCAUCAUUUCCAAGAACUUUGUUGUGACUGCUGGACACUGUAUUGUCGACGACAUCACCAAUCAGAUCAACACUCCUGAAAAUAUCUAUAUCGGAUACGGCAGCAGCGAGUACAAAAAGCAGACCCUGGUGCAGGCAACCAAACUGUUUUUGCAUCCGCAGUACGACAUUUCCAAGUUCGAGAAUGAUAUCGCUAUUAUUCAGGUUCCAGAUCUGCCAGUAGACGGCGUCAGCGCAUCCACGGUACCGCUGUACAAGGGGAGUCUCUAUCCAGGGAAUGGAAACUACAGCGAUUGGAUGGGGGUUGACCAACUACACAGACAUAACCAGCCAGUCGCCAGGGAAUCAAGGAGGCCGUUGUCAAAAUCGGAAACACAAAGUCGUGCAAGUCGCAUGUCAAGAAGUACCUGAACAGCACCUUUGACUCAAGCAAUGGGCCACGUAUCUGCCUUGAAGCUUCGCUGUCUCCAGGAAACGGACCGUGUAAAGGUGAUUCCGGCGGCGCUCUGCUCGUAAAUAUGCAUGGCAAACCAUACUUUGCUGGCGUGUACAGCAAUGGCGGAGCUGCAGAUGGUGGCUAUCACGUGCGGCCAACCAGGCGAGUUUGACUUUUAUAUGCACACCAAAAACUACGUAUCUUUCAUCCAUGAUGUUACUGGACUAUGGCUCUGAAAUAAUAGUUCUGCCAAGCGACUCUUCAGCUAUAUCAUACUCCAUCUAAUGUGAUAUUCACAAAUAUGUGUUCCAUUAUAAAGUCCAAAUGCGCGUUGUCCAUGUGGUGUACAGUGUUGGACAGAUAUGGCUGCA